AUGAGCUCAGCUUACCAUCCACAAACGGACGGUCAAACUAAGGUGGUAAACCGAUGUUUGGAGACAUACCUCAAGUGCUUUGUCAAUAGCCAACCCCAACAGUGGCCGAGAUGGGUUCCAUGGGCAGAAUUUUGGUUCGACAUGACUUAUAGUAGCUCCACAGCUCAUCGUUAUAAUGAGAAACUUAGUCCGAGGUUUUACGGUCCAUUUGUGAUUAAGGACAUAAUUGGGACAGUAGCAUACAGGCUGGCAUUACCUCCCUUAGCUUGUAUUCAUGACGUUUUCCAUGUUUCACAAUUGAAGAAGGCAACUUUCCCACUCCUUAAUAGCCAACACCUAUCGGAAGCCCUCAAUGAAGAUUUUAUUUUGAAGGUUGAACCAGAAGUUGUACUCAAGAAAAGAAGGCUCUUGAAUGGACAAUGGGAGUUACUAAUUCAAUGGAAAGGAUUACCUCCUUAUGAGAACACUUGGGAGGAUUUUGACACAAUCAACUCCCAAUUUCGUUCCUUCCACCUUGAGGACAAGGUGGUUCUCCUUGGGGAGGGAAAUGAUGAGCUACCUGGAAGGCUGGUCUACAAUAAGAAGGGUAGAGGUGAGAAGUAG